UCCCUCCCUUGGUCGUCGCCAUUAUAUAGCCGCCCUCCUCGCCUCCGAUCUCUUCGUCUCAAUCCCGCACCACCUCAUCUCCCUCUUCCCCUUCCUCCUCCUCCCCAGCCUCUGCUCGUGCCGCCGGCCAUGGCCUGCCUCACCGACCUCGUCAACCUCAACCUCUCCGACACCACGGAGAAGAUAAUCGCCGAGUACAUAUGGAUCGGUGGAUCUGGCAUGGAUCUCAGGAGCAAGGCCAGGACCCUCUCCGGCCCGGUGACCGAUCCCAGCAAGCUGCCUAAGUGGAACUACGACGGCUCCAGCACCGGCCAGGCCCCCGGCGAGGACAGCGAGGUCAUCCUGUACCCGCAGGCUAUCUUCAAGGACCCAUUCAGGAAGGGCAACAACAUCCUUGUCAUGUGCGAUUGCUACACCCCAGCUGGCGAGCCAAUUCCCACCAACAAGAGGCACAACGCCGCCAAGAUCUUCAGCAACCCUGAGGUUGCCGCUGAGGAGCCCUGGUACGGUAUUGAACAGGAGUACACCCUCCUUCAGAAGGACACCAACUGGCCCCUUGGGUGGCCUGUUGGUGGCUUCCCUGGCCCUCAGGGUCCUUACUACUGCGGUAUCGGCGCGGACAAGUCUUUCGGGCGCGAUAUAGUUGACUCCCACUACAAGGCCUGCCUGUAUGCCGGCAUCAACAUCAGUGGCAUCAACGGGGAGGUCAUGCCAGGACAGUGGGAGUUCCAAGUCGGCCCGUCCGUCGGCAUUUCUGCCGGUGACCAGGUGUGGGUUGCUCGCUACAUUCUUGAGAGGAUCACCGAGAUCGCCGGCGUGGUGGUGACAUUCGACCCGAAGCCCAUCCCGGGUGACUGGAACGGUGCCGGCGCCCACACGAACUACAGCACCAAGUCCAUGAGGAACGAUGGCGGGUACGAGGUGAUCAAGACCGCGAUCGAGAAGCUGAAGCUGCGGCACAAGGAGCACAUCGCCGCCUACGGCGAGGGCAACGAGCGCCGGCUGACCGGCAGGCACGAGACCGCCGACAUCAACACCUUCAGCUGGGGAGUCGCCAACCGUGGCGCGUCGGUGCGCGUGGGCCGGGAGACGGAGCAGAACGGCAAGGGCUACUUCGAGGACCGCCGGCCGGCGUCCAACAUGGACCCCUACGUGGUGACCUCCAUGAUCGCCGAGACCACCAUCAUCUGGAAGCCCUGAAGCGCCCCUGCCUGAACUCCCUCCAGCUCACCGUCUCGCCUCUGUCGGUCCGGCUGCGGCCGCCGCCGCCAUGGCUGCCUCCGGCGACCGCACCGAGCUGGGCACGGCAAUUGUCCAAUGAAUCCGUUCCGUUCCAUUCCAUUCCGUCCGAUUAUACGCUGCUGGUGCUGCUACUACUGCAUUUAGUUAGAUCUGUGAAAGGGUUGUGCGAAAACAAAACAAAAACAUUGUUUGCUUCGAUGCUUUCCACUUCCCAUGGGUGUUCUGAUCACUUGUGUAAUCCUCUCCUCCAAUAAUGGCCGUACCGCAGCGCUGGUACCUUCAGUACUUGCAUCA